CAACUGCGCAGGCGCACAACAACAGUCCUGAUCAGCUGACUGUGAGUGAGAUGUUAUGUUGAAGCUCCUUUGAGUGGAAAAGCUGUUACUAUCUGCGCUAUGCAUGGGAAGCUGCGUCUGUCUAACUGAAUCAAACCGUGGGGACCAGAUUCUAAAGCCAUUAAAAAUACCGUGACUUCCUCACAUCAAAGGCCCGGUGGACAAACCUCUCACAGCCAUGACAGAAUUCUGGUUGAUCUCUGCUCCGGGGGAGAAGACGUGCCAGCAGACCUGGGACAAGCUAAUGGUGGCCACAACACGCACCAACAACCUCUCCGCUAACAACAAGUUCAACAUCCCUGAUCUCAAGGUCGGAACACUAGAUGUUUUGGUGGGUCUGUCGGAUGAACUGGCUAAACUAGACACUUUUGUGGAAAGUGUUGUGAAAAAGGUCGCUCAGUACAUGGCCGAUGUCCUGGAGGACAGCCGAGACAAAGUCCAGGAGAACCUACUCGCUAAUGGAGUUGACCUGGUCACCUAUAUCACCAGAUUUCAGUGGGACAUGGCUAAGUAUCCAAUCAAACAGUCGCUGAAAAACAUCUCUGAGAUCAUCUCCAAGCAAGCCACUCAGAUAGACAAUGACCUGAAGGCCAGAGCUUCAGCCUACAACAACCUGAAGGGAAACCUGCAAAACCUGGAGAGGAAGAAUGCUGGGAGUUUGUUGACCAGGAGUUUGGCUGACAUAGUGAAGAAAGAGGACUUUGUAGUGGACUCUGAGUACCUAAUUACCAUGCUGGUGGUUGUCCCAAAGACAAGUUAUGCUGACUGGCAGAAGACGUAUGAAACCCUGUCAGAAAUGGUUGUGCCACGCUCCACAAAGCUGCUGUUUGAGGACCACGACAGCGGUCUGUUCAGUGUCACUCUCUUCAGGAAGGCUAUAGAUGACUUCAAGCACAAGGCCAGAGAAAACAAGUUUACGGUGCGUGAUUUCCAGUACAAUGAGGAGGAGCUGAAGGCCGACAAAGAAGAGAUGACACGUUUGUCCACUGACAAGAAGAAACAGUUUGGGCCUUUGGUACGAUGGCUGAAAGUGAAUUUCAGCGAAGCCUUCAUUGCGUGGAUUCACAUAAAAGCCCUUCGCGUGUUUGUGGAGUCAGUUUUGAGAUAUGGGCUGCCGGUGAACUUCCAGGCGAUGCUGCUGCAGCCCAACAAGAAGAACAUGAAGAAGCUGAGAGAGGUGCUCUCCGACCUGUACAAACACCUGGACAGCAGCGCAGCGAUCAUUGAUGCCGCUAUGGACAUCCCAGGGCUGAACUUGAGCCAGCAGGAGUACUACCCCUACGUUUACUACAAGGUUGACUGCAACCUGCUGGACUUCAAAGUCUAGAUGCAUCUCCUUCCUCAUCUCAGCCUCUUUGCGGUAGUUUUCUGAUGUGACAUGCUCACAUCCCCAAGGUUUCAUUUAAUUCCACCCUGUUUUUCCUGUUUUCAUUCCCUUCCUCUUGUCCUCUCUGAUGCUCCCGGUACAUCCCUAGGUCAAUAUUGAAGAAGUUGUAUAUUGAACUUCUGUUCUAAUAUACUUGACAAAUAUAGGCCAUCAUUUUGGGGUUUUUUUCGCUUCCUUUUUUUACUUCCUUUCACAUUCCCCAUCAAAGGACAUAAAAUUGCUGCAUUUUUAUUGUUGUUUUUCUCUACUGUCCUCAUACUUUAUUAAAAGCAACAAAAACGGUACAUUUGUGGGGAAAAUGGGAAGAAAUAUAAAUGUAUGUUAAAUAUAGUAUUUAUUUAAAGCCUCUAAAAUCAGUGAAUAUGUUUUUGUUUGGUUCAGUUUUUGAAAGUGAUGUGUUUUAGCUCCAUGUAAGGAAUGUCUGUUUACAAGUAGAUGUCGACCAUUGUCUCCCCCCUCUAAAGCUGUAAUCCUGUGAAACACUGAGACGGAUCCAUUUACUGUAUAAAGAAGCAAUAUGUUUGCUGAUUGAAUGCUCCUAUCAUUUCUGUAUAUUAAGCAGUUUGAGAAAACAAUAAUGGGUCUAUGUGCAAAUACUGUAUUGUCAGUAUAACUGAUAAUGACACCACAUAUUUAAAAUAAAUGUG